AUGACCAACAGCAGUAGUGACGACGAAUACAAGUCCGGCGCAGUCCGCCAGGAGAAGUUCGACGCAACACUGGCCCACUAUGGCGAGGCUGAAGUCGGUGGCAUCGAGAAGAAGAACUUGGUCCGCAAGAUCGACUGGAAACUAUUGCUCAUUCUCGGCGCUCUAUACUUCAUCUCCCUCAUCGACCGCACCAACAUCGCCAACGCUCCAGACUGGGAGUGUGGAAGAUGA